AUGCCAGCCUACCACUCCGCGUUCCUGCAAGAUACUGACGUCCGCGUCGUCGGAAACUUUGGCCUUCUCCCACUCCGUACGAGGACCAGGGGGCCAGCAUAUACCCUCCCGGCACUGCCACCAAACACGAGUGACCUCGAUGUCGACCCAGAUAGCGAGCAUUACGAUGUGCUCGACGAGACCCUUACGUUGUUCCGGGCCAACACUUUCUUCCGUAACUUUGAAAUCAAGGGCCCGGCUGAUCGGACGUUGAUCUAUGGUAUUUUGUGGAUCUCGGACUGCUUGAGUAAAAUCAAGCCGACCAUGAGUCUGAGGGAUUCCGAGAAGGCACUCCAAACCUCCGCACUCGACCACUUUGCCCUCCCCGGCGAUCCUGCAUUCCCCCUGAACGCGCUUUACCAACCCCCGAAGGAUAGAGCAGACGCUGAGGCCUUGAGAGGGUAUAUCAGUCAAAUGAGGCAGGAGUUAGUUAUUAGACUUCUCAGCAGGAUCUACGCGGAUGGAACUGGAAAGCCGAGCAAGUGGUGGUUGAGCUUCACCAAGAGACGGUUCAUGAACAAAAGCUUGUGA